GGCCGAGCGGCGCGCGGAGCCCGGGCAACCGCCCGGCGCGGCGCGGGGUUGUUGUGAAGGGCCGGUUGUCGGGCGGUGGCGGCCGGGGGGGUCCCGGUCCGGUACCGCGGGGCCCCGCCGCCACCUCCGUCCAGGCGAUCGCCCUCGGCCCGACCAGCGCUCCCGUCCCGUGAUGUUCAUCAGCGGUGAGGCCUCGUCCCCCGCCGCGCCGCCUCUCAGGAGGGUCUCGCCGUGACCGUGUGUGUGUGCCCGCAAGACGGCCGGGGCAGCCCCGGCGCCCGGCCUGGCCGUAGGACGCGCUAGCGGAGCGGAGCCUCGCCGGGAGGAGGAAGGCGCUGCCCGCCCGAGAGGCGCCGCGCUGAGCCAUGGCUGUGGCCGUCACCACGAAGACGGCAUGGAAGCUGCAAGAGAUCAUGGCCCACAGCAGCAAUGUGUCCUCAGUAGUCCUGGGAAAAGGUUCAGGCCGGAUGCUGGCCACUGGAGGAGACGACUGUCGGGUCAACAUAUGGUCAGUUAGCAAGCCCAACUGCAUCAUGAGCUUGACAGGCCACACAUCCCCCAUCGAGAGCCUACAGGUGAACCCAAAUGAGCAGCUCAUAGUUGCAGGGUCCCGGUCAGGGUCCAUUCGAGUUUGGGACCUGGAAGCUGCCAAAGUUCUUCGUACCCUCCCAGGUCACAAAGCGAAUAUCUGCAGCCUUCAUUUCCAUCCUUUUGGAGGCUUUGUGGCAUCUGGCUCUUUGGACACCAACAUUAAGCUCUGGGAUGUAAGAAGAAAAGGCUGCAUCUUCACAUUCAAGGGUCACACAGAAGCAGUUCGGUGUCUCCGCUUUAGCCCUGAUGGGAAAUGGGUGGCCUCUGCUGCUGAUGAUCACACUGUAAAGUUGUGGGAUCUGACUGCUGGGAAGUUAAUGUUUGAGUUUACAGGGCACACUGGCCCAGUAAAUGUUGUUGAAUUCCAUCCCAAUGAAUACCUUUUGGCUUCUGGCAGCUCUGACAGGACUGUUCGGUUCUGGGACUUGGAGAAGUUUCAAGUUGUGAGCUGUAUUGAAGAAGAGGCUACUCCUGUCAGGUGUGUGCUUUUCAGCCCGGAUGGCUGCUGCUUGUACAGCGGCUUCCAGGAUUCGCUGCGCGUCUACGGCUGGGAGCCAGAGCGCUGUUUUGAUGUGGUCGUGGUGAACUGGGGAAAAGUAGCUGACUUGUCUAUCAGCAACAACCAGCUGAUAGGAGUUUCCUUUGCACAAAGCACAGUCUCUUCCUUCGUUGUGGAUCUCAGCAGAGUCCCAAAGUCAGAUUCUAUUCCUCAUGGGUUGAUCAGGGACGACCAGCCUCUUGUGCCACCUACCCCCACAGGGUCCUCCCUUCGCCGCAUCUAUGACAGGCCCUCAACGAGCUGCAGCAAGCCACAGAGCAGAGUGAAGCACAACUCGGAGAGUGAGAGGCACAGUCCUAGCAGUGAAGAUGACCGGGAUGAGAAGGAAUCAAGGGCUGAGAUCCAGAACCAGGAGGAUUACAAAGAGAUCUUCCAGCCCAAGAAUGCAAUCUGCCGAACUCCUCCUCGAAAUGAGCCCUUUCCUGCCCCUCCUGAGGAUGAGCCUGGAACUGCAAAGGAAGCAGUGAAGCCCAGCCAGGCUGUGGAUGUCCAGACCUCAUUGCCAAAGCAAGAGCUCCCUGAUCCAGUCCAGAGGCCACCAAUUGGCUCCUCAACUUCUUUGACCAGAACAGAGCCAUCAGUGAUUCCUGCAGCCAGGAAUGAGCCCAUUGGCCUGAAGGCCUCUGACUUUCUCCCAGCUGUGAAAAACCAAAGCCAGACAGAGCUGGUGGAUGAGGAGGCCAUGUCCCAGAUCAGGAAAGGCCACGAGACCAUGUGUGUGGUGCUCACCAGCCGCCACAAGAACCUGGACGCCGUGCGCGCCGUAUGGAGCACCAGUGACAUCAAGAAUUCUCUGGACUCUGCAGUGGCAAUCAAUGAUUUGUCUGUUGUCGUGGAUCUCUUGAAUAUUGUCAACCAAAAAGCAUCUCUCUGGAAGCUGGAUUUGUGUACUAUAGUCUUGCCACAGAUAGAAAAACUACUCCAAAGUAAAUAUGAAAGUUACGUGCAGACUGGCUGCACAUCCCUGAAACUCAUUCUCCAGAGAUUCCUGCCACUCAUCACAGACAUCCUCGCUGCACCACCUUCUGUUGGAGUGGACAUCAGCAGAGAGGAGAGGCUUCAGAAAUGCAAGUUGUGCUACAAGCAGCUGAAAAACAUCAGCAACGUUGUCAAGAACAAGUCUGGGCUCAGCGGCCGCCAUGGUAGUGCCUUUCGGGAACUGCUGCUCCUCAUGGCUGUCCUGGACUAACAGCCACCACGUCCUCAUGUACAAAUACAGGUGGCCAAGCUCCCCCUG